UCAAGGGUUUCGCAAUGUUUACAUUUUUCAGGUCGUUUGUGAAGAAGUUACUUAAUACUUGUGAUGGCUUAGGAUUCAUGUCUUACAGUGAAAAGUGAAAAGUUAUUCAUCGAAAAAAUGAGUGCUGGUAGCAGCUCCGGCGGAAGCCAAAAUAGUGGGCGUGGCUGGCAUAGAGGUCAAGGGAGAGGUCAAGGUGGACGCAGCUCCAAUAACUACAACAGGGGUGGAAGAGGACGUGGAUGGAGGGGUCACUCUGGAAACAGAGGUGGAAGGGGCUCAAACUACUCCAACUAUCGGGGGCCAACAAGUUCCACUCGUCUUUCUGAUGGUUCAUUAGCUGAUGCUCUUACUCCUUACAAAGGCUGGAAGUACUACUUCAAAGAUGAAAGCUACAUUGAACAGUCACCGACAGUCUCGAAAGUAAAGACAUUUGAAAAGUUCUUUGUGUCGAGAUUGGAUGCAUAUGACAAGGAUGAGAUCGAGAGGAAGGGAAGUAUUACGGUAGAUUACAAGGAGCUGAUGUCAGAUGGCAGGGUCACAGAGUCAAUACCCGACCUCAGGACGGACAUCAAAGAGAUGCCCGAGAAGAUUCUCAACUGCCUGGGGUUAGCCAUUCAUCAGACACUAACACAUAAUCUUGAGCGCCAGGCUGUGGCGCUCCAGCAGCAGGCAUCCGAUGAGACUGGGCAACAGGACAUACAGGUGCCCUCAAUCCUCGUCAGUGUGCCAGUCAUACGGGCAAGAUUGCUAAACUAUGACCCUGUUACACCACUGAAGAAUCUUAAAGCCAACUACUAUGGAAAGUUUGUUUCUGUAAGAGGCACAGUGGUGAGAGUAAGCAACAUUAAGCCAUACUGCACCAAGAUGGCGUUCCAGUGCAAUACAUGUGGUGAUAUACAGAUUGUUAAUUUACCUGAGGGAAGAUACAUCUUGCCAACCAAGUGUCUAGCACCACAAUGCAGAGGGCGUUCCUUCCUGCCAAAGCAGGGCUCAGCCCUGACGGAGACCGUAGACUGGCAGAUGAUUAAGGUACAAGAAAUCAUGAUGGACGGACAGAGAGAGUCGGGAAGGAUCCCUCGCACAGUGGAGUGUGAACUCACAUGUGAUCUAGUUGACGAUUGUGUUCCAGGAGAUGUUGUAACUAUUGGCGGAGUUGUAAAAGUAUCCAAUGUCGAUGAAGGUCAUGGACGGAACAAGGACAAGUGUAUGUUCCUGCUGUACCUCCACGCCAAUUCAGUACAGAAUCAGAAGCGAGGCAAGAAGGCCUCCUCUGGCGGUGAGAGUUCACCCGCUGGAACGGGAAUAGCCAUGGACUUUACUCUCAAGGAGUUGUAUGCCAUUCAGGAGAUACAGGAGCAGAAGAAUCUGUUUCGGCUUCUGGUUGGGUCAAUAUGUCCAGCCAUUUACGGUCAUGAAAUGGUCAAAGCUGGUCUCAUUCUAGGCCUUUUAGGAGGAACUCAUAAAUACGUCAAUGACAAGAAUCGAAUACCAGUUCGAGGAGAUCCACAUAUUCUGGUGGUAGGUGAUCCAGGACUCGGCAAAAGUCAGAUGCUCCAGGCGGUGUCUAACGUAGCUCCACGGGGUGUCUAUGUAUGCGGCAAUACCACCACUACCUCUGGACUGACGGUCACUCUCUCCAAAGAAGGAGGGUCUGGGGACUUUGCGUUGGAGGCUGGUGCCUUGGUGCUUGGAGACCAAGGAUGUUGCUGCAUUGAUGAGUUUGACAAGAUGGGUAAUCAGCAUCAAGCACUGCUAGAGGCAAUGGAACAACAGAGCAUCAGUAUUGCUAAGGCUGGGGUUGUGUGCAGUCUUCCUGCUAGGACCUCAAUCCUAGCUGCUGCUAACCCAGUGGGAGGACACUAUAACAAGGCUAAGACCGUUUCGGAAAAUCUCAAGAUGGGCAGUGCCCUGCUGUCCAGAUUCGAUCUGGUUUUUAUUCUUCUGGAUAAACCGGAUGAAGAAAUGGACUCCAUGUUGUCAGAGCACGUCAUGUCACUCCAUGCUGGAAGGAAACGUGGAAGAGAGAAUGUCCGUGCCUCAAGAGACGAUACUGAAUCGAACCCAGAGCAAGAUGAGGCCCUCAGACUCUACGAGGCUGACAAACCUCUGUCAGAACGUCUUAAAGUCACAAGGGGUGAAGACUUUGACGCCGUUCCGCCUCAAUUGAUAAGAAAGUACAUUGCGUAUGCAAGAAAGUACGUCCAUCCAAAGCUCACCAGUGAGGCAGCGUCUGUGCUGCAGACUUUUUAUCUAGAAUUGCGCAGUCAGCACAAGGGUCGUGACAGCACCCCAAUCACCACUAGACAACUGGAAUCACUGAUAAGACUGACCGAGGCAAGGGCCAGACUAGAAAUGAGAGAGAAGGCUAACCAACAUGAUGCAGAAGAUGUAGUAGAACUUAUGAAGUUCAGUAUGAUUGACACUUAUUCUGAUGAGUUUGGGCACCUGGACUUUCAACGCUCACAGCAUGGAUCAGGAAUGAGCAGUCGCUCAAAGGCUAAACGAUUCAUUGCAGUGUUGAAUCGAGUUGCUGAACAAACUUAUAAUGCUCUAUUUACCAUGCAACAAAUGAGAGAAAUAGCAAGGGAUGGCAACAUUAGUGUUCCUGAUUUUGAGGGAUUUAUUGCCUCUCUCAACAACCAGAACUACCUCCUUAAGAAAGGUCCGCGGGUCUACCAGCUACAGACAACAUCCUUCUAAGUAGACCUCCUGUAAUAUGUACCCUUACACCCCACUAAAGUUCUUUAUAAUUGUGGGUGUAUAGUAGUUAUUUAAGGCUUUCUAUGCAAAGAAGAAAUGUUUAAAACAUCUGAACUUCAAUUGAAGUUGUUAGCUGUUACAGAAAAGACACCAUAUUAAUUUACUGUAACACUACAAGACGUAAUAUAUUCCUACCGGAUAUUUGUUACUGACAACAUCAUGCAUUAGCAAUCACUAUAAGGACAACAUUCUCCAAUCAACAAAGAAAAACCAUUCUUCAUUUACUUAUAAUUUGUAUUUAUUCAAACCAAAUAAAAACAAAGAAAAGGCUAGUUUUUAAAACAGGUUGCAAGCCAAAUCUUCUUGUGAACUCAAAAAGCGGGUAUAUGUCUAGAUCAAAAAGUUAGGAGUACAUUAAUGUACAGAAUAUGGCAGAACAUUCCAGCUCCAUGUUUAUCCACUUAUUUCCUAAAUGAUGUAGCCAUAUCAUUCCAGGGAAGUUCUUUAUUCUGAGUUUUGAUAGUGUUCAUAAUGGCAGUAAUUGGACUUUCAGAUAAGCACUUACAAUUCAAACAGGUGGUUAAAUAGAUCAAGCCCCAACUUGCUAAGCACAGACAGUAUUGCUUAACAGAAACUGGUUACCAGCAAAAAAAUCAAUAAAGUUUACCUUGUUGCAACUUGCUAAGCAGUAUUUUCUGCUUAACAGCUAUUAUAAAAAUUGGGUCCAGAUCAUUUUGUGAAAUAUCUUUGGCGAUAAUUCAUGGGAGUAAGAAUGUUCUUCACAGUGACUACAGCCCAUGGCAUCUCAGGGCCCAAACCCUGCCACUUGAUCACAACCUUAUACAGAUUUAUAUUAAAAUAUUACAAUGAUCAUUAACACACUUUAAUCUGUAAAAUACUAAAAUUGAAAAUAUGUAAUAUAUUUUUCAGCUCAUGGUAUCCCUCCUACCGUAAUUUCAAAGAUGUCAUCUAAAGCAGCUCAAUAUGAGUUAUCAAUCUACCAUAAUUUCAGUGAUAAAUCAAAUUUGCCUCUACUUGAUUGAAAGAAGUGUUUUUUGUCAGUUGUAAUUCAAACAAAGAAACUGGAAGAUCAAACCAAGAAGCAAUUGAUACAAUAUUUUAACUUUACAUCAUUAUCAACCAAUACAGCAAGUCUUUCGUUUUAAUUAAGAAACUGCAAGUACACUUUCCAAUCUCCGAAUAUUUAUAACCAACCUACCAAUGUCAAUCAGUUUGUUCAAUCCAUGGCAGAUGAUCUUAUUCUUACCAACAAAACGGCAUCUUAAUAAAAAUUAAGCUGUUCAGAUGAGCUGAAAAUUCAUAAUAUUAUCUGUUAUUGAUACAUUAAUAUUAUCAGCUAUUGAUACAACAGCUAUUAGAAGAUAAACAAACAAAUCACGAACCAUGAGGGUUAAAACAGCAGUGAGUUCUAUAACUUAAGCUGAUCUGUUUGUUGUUGUUGUUUUGUGCUGUGUAUUGAAAACGAUUCACUUUUCCUUGAAAUUUGUACCGCUGAUCUGUUUGUUGUUGUUUUUUGUGCUGUGUAUUGAAAACGAUUGACUUUUCCUUGAAAUGUGUACAGGGUAUAUCUUAUUUAACUUAAAUAUAACUACUUCCACUUGGCAUUUGUUGUUUUUUACUUCCAUUUCUUGUUUACUUCCAUUUGUUAUUGAGAUGUUUUAAAAUAUUACUCUUUGAGAUGUUAAAAAUAAAAUCUGACCAUUGUAUCAUUCCAACCAAUAAAAAAAAAUGAUGAAAAGGACAACAAAUAUUGGCACACUUUUUUGCAGUUUCCAGCAAUCAGUGGCAAUUGUACAUUAAUGUACUUCACUGUUAUUUUAGUAUUUCUUAAAUCUUUUUACUCUUAUCUUAACAAUCUUGGCAACUCAAGAGACCUUAAAAUUCUGAGAGGCUCGUCAUCAGCGAGCAGAUUCUGAUAAAAGUCGUCUUGUUUCCUCUAAAACUGUUUAGCACCUUCAAAAGGGUUAAUUAUCACAAGGGGAUGUUGGUCAUAAAAUAGUUUUCUUCAAA